AUGCAAAGGCGUGUCACCCCUGAGCGAAGGCUAUCGCCCGCUCACUGGGCCCUGCGCGGUGGUCGGUUGCUCGUGCUCAGGCGGGGAGUGCCCCUUGGGGCUUCCGGCCACUUUCCUCGCGCCUCGUCUCCCGACUGCCCGAGAGUCGGCGGCCCCAGCGCCGACCCCGCCUCGUCCGCCCGCACCCGCCUCCGCCCCUCGGCGCUGCCAGCCCAGGCGAGAGGGCACUACCGGCAAUGCCCUCCCGGCCAGUUCCCGUUCCGGGCCGGGGCGCGGCCGCUCUUGCUCCCAGUCUCCCGCAGCUGCCAGUGCCGUGAGCUCCCUCGGCCUCGGCGCUGCCCCGGGCCUCGGCGCUCCUGGGUCCCCGCGCUCUCGGGCCUCGGCGCUCCUGGGUCCCCGCGCUCUCGGGCCUCGGCGCUCCUCGGUCCCCGCGCUCUCGGGCCUCGGCGCUCCUCGGUCCCCGCGCUCUCGGGCCUCGGCGCUCCUCGGUCCCCGCGCUCUCGGGCCUCGGCGCUCCUCGGUUCCCGCGCUCCGAACCUCCCCUCGCUCUGGUUCCCAGCUGCUGCGAGGUCUGCACACGUGGAGCCCAAGGGCAGCAUGAGAGUGAGGUGGGCGUCCUGGCUCCUGAUUGGCCUCUGCCAGGAAGACAUCUGUAGCCAAAGAUGAGUUUGGGCAAAG